CCAGAGCACCGUGGGGCGGGGCCUGGCUGGCAGAGUUGGACUCAGAAGCUUCGGCUGGAGAGGCCCGGACCCGGGCUGUCAGUCCCGGGCUGCCGGACCAUGCUGAGCGGAGCGUGCGGCCGGCUCGCCUCAGCGCUGCGGGGGACACUCGCGCCGCCAUCCGCCGUCGCCCGGAGGUGCCUGCACGCGUCAGGGUCGCUGUCGUCCGCCGAGAAAAGCGAGAGGACGAGGAAGCCGCCCCAGGCCUUCGACCCGGCGCUGCUGGAGUUCUUGGUGUGCCCGCUCUCCAAGAAGCCGCUCAGAUAUGAAGCAUCGACAAAUGAAUUGAUUAAUGAAGAGUUAGGAAUAGCCUAUCCAGUUAUUGAUGGGAUUCCUAAUAUGAUACCACAGGCAGCUAGGAUGACACAUCAGAAUAAGAAGCAAGAAGAAACGGAGCGGCAUUAGAUCAUCCUUAGAAACAACACAGAACUAAAUUUUCUAAAAUACCACCCACUUAAAAAAAAAAAAA